GUCAGACCCUUACUAUGUUUUAGCAGGUAAGUAAUAUCUGCUUGCAAAAUUCAAGCCAAACCCCAUGUAUGUGUACAUCCAAACUGCUUUAAUUUUGGACACCCCUGCAACUUCGAAGAAAAGAUGGGAAAGAAAAACAAGAUGAAGAAGAAGAAUCCAAAGCCAAAACAGGACCAAGAUGGCAAUCACAGUAAUGCUGCAAUGGAACAUCAGAACAUUGAGCCUGAAGAUGUCAUCAGUUGUUUCCCUGAUGAAAUCAUUUUCCAAAUCGUUAGCUUCCUCCCUUUUGAAUCUGCUGUCCGCACCACUUUCCUUUCGAGACGAUGGAAUGGCCUUUGGAGGCGAACUUUGGUGCUUGAAAGAGCCCUGGAAGAUGCUGUUGUUACUAUAUUCAAUCUUCUUUAUGAUUUCGCCGAACCCAAUCGACCAACAAACAAAUGGGGAUUACAAUUCAACCUUGGCCAAGGUACACUCCUCUUUGUUUCCAUUACACCUAAUAGAACGCUCCAUCUUGAUUUCACCGCCGGUGAACAAGAAUCCUCAGCUACAUUUGAUUGGUGUCUGCCAUUGAGUCUUCCGUGGCGUUGCGAGUGGCCAUCGCCCUAUAAUCAAGACAAGAAGAUAAUGGAGUUGAAUCCCCCUUUGCCCUUUUCACAACAGUUCAGAAUAAAAACCCUUUAUCUAAUAUCAGUAAGCCAACUCUCUAGCAAAGCACUUACUUGUUUGGCGUCCAAUCUCCCAUUUCUCGAGAGCUUGAUCGUUGAAAGGUGUAAUGGAGUUCAAUCUUUAGUUGUAGAAGAUGCCGGUGUUCUUCAAAAGCUAAUUGUCUUGGAUUGCCCCCGAUUACAAUCUCUCAGUUUUCAGGGUCCCCGUUUACAGUGUUUCCGAUACAGAGGCAACUUAGUGUCCUUUCAUUUGAAAGCAUGUUGCAGAUGCUAUUAUGCCGACGUAUAUUCCAUGUGUGAUUGCGGAUUAUACCUAGAAGACGCCAUGGUUGAUCUCAGACAAGGUCCUCUAACACAAUGGACUUGGGACUUUGAAACAACCAUUCGUCCUCAUCAGGCUUCCUACGGAAACUACCGCUGCGGCUGUGCCGGCGAGCAUAAAUGCUUCAAAUCGUUUUUGAGAAGCAUAAAUGGUGUUAAGUCUUUAACAAUAUGCAGAUGGUUUUUCGAGCAAACAUUGUGCGAGAAUUUAUACAGUUCAAGUGGAGGACCUGAAUUUUAUUUCAAAAGACUAAAAGAGCUGUGGUGGAUUGAUUGUUCAAUGGCCAGGCACAAUAUCAAUGCCUUACUUUGCUUCCUCAGGCUUUGUCCUAACUUGGAAAGACUUUGUGUCACUAUUGAUCCCAAAUGCUAUGACUUUAGUAGUGGAACCGAGAAAUUCUCUGCCAUAGUCAGUGCUCCUGCAAAUCUCAAUGGUCUAAAGGUUGUGAAACUAGAAGGAUUUGCAGAUAAGCAAAUGGAGUUUUUAAUGGCAAGGCGAUUGAUACCUUUAUUCCGAGAAACUACUCCGGUAAUCAUAUCGGAAUCACACAGGAAAUGUUUGAAGCAUUUGGUAAAAGUAGCCAAGUUGGAGAAGAAAGGGAAGUAUCCGUACAAGUUCAAAAUGGUUGAAAAUCUUGAUGAUAGAUUUCCAAAUCAUCUUCAUAUGAACCUUUAAUUUAAUUAUGAUUCAAUAAGGUUCCAUUUAUAUGUUAUUUAAGCUUUUUUCUGGGAAAAUGUCAUGCCAGGAUACCUCUUUCGAGAGGUAGUUUCUUAAAUGAUGUCAUAUAUAUGUGGAGGAUAUGCUAAUCAAUAUUAUUUUCUUUUAAAUAUUAUCAAAUGUUAUCAAAUUCAAUUGCUUACAAUUCUAUAUAUAUGUGUUUAUAUAAAUGUCCUUUCUCAAAAGCUUUACAAUACCAAAAUUGCAAUUGCUGACAAGGUACACUCUUUAGACAUACAACACAGUGUAGGCUGCCGGUCUGAAAUACUACUUGUAUCUGUUGGUUGACAUGUCUAUGCUUGGAUUAUAUGCUCUAACAUAAGAUGUAAUGUUUGAUAUUUAGAAGAAUUCGAAUAAAAAUAUCAAACGAAAACUGAGGAAGAGAAUCAGAGUCAUGAUCCAGUUGAUGACUAUAACCCUACAAACACUUCACGUUUAAGGCAUUCGGAUAUCAGUAGUUUAAAAGAUGAUGUUUUAUGCCAAAUUGUUCCCCGGUUCAUCUACAAAUGGAAGAAGCAUGAUCAAUAGAAGAAAGACUCAGCUAAUUAUAAUAUGGGCCCCAAUGAUUUCAUCAGUAGUUUACUAGACGAUGUACUUCGCCUCAUCAUUUCAUUACUUCCUUUUGAAUCUGCAUUCUGAACUUGUUUUCUUUCAACUCACUGGAAACAACUCUGGAGAGAGGCUUUGUUGGAUUCAGUCCAUGAUGUAACCGUGGAAGCUGCCAUUAAGCCAUACAAAUCUUUCUUAAUGGUUUUGAUGUCCACCAUUGACCAAGAAAUAAGUGGGGUUUCAUGUUUGAAUUCAGCCAUGGAUUGCUACCAUUUCCUACAAUGGUUCACUUUAACUUGAUUUCUCAGCUGGUCAACAAGAAUUCCCAAGGCCAUUUGAUUUGCUUUUGGAGCUGAAUCUUGCAUCGGGUAGUUUAUACAUCGCAUUGAAAUGAUUUUGAUUGGUGGUGGCUUGAGGGAAAUUACUUGCAAACCCGACAACCACCUUUAAACACAAUGAAAGUAAAAUCUUUGAAUCUCAUAUCAGUGAGCCACCUUUCUAAUAUGGAAGUUGCUUCUUUGGUUCCAAAUUUGCCAUUUCUCAAAAGCUUGACAAUCGCCAAAUGCAAUGCUUACAAUCUUUAGGGAGUCAUCCUCGAUUGCCCCAAUAUACAAUCUCCCAGUUUCAAAGGUUACUGUCUAAUAUCUUUAAGAUAUAGAGGCAAAUUAGUUUCCUUUUGGUUUAGAUUCUCCUGAGAAUUUAAUGCUUUGAAUCCACUCGUGAUAGACGCCAUGGUUGAUCUCAGACAAGGUCCUCUAACACAAUGGGCAUGGAACAUUGAGGUUGACCAACAUUGCAGCUGCAACAAAUAUAAAUGCUUCAGCUCGUUUUUUAGAAGCAUUAAAUGUCUAACAAUAUGCAGAUGGUUU